AGCCUUUUCGUAGGAAUAGUCAUUUUUAUACUAAAUGAAGAAACUGGAAGAAUCUGGUAACCUUAAUUAAUCGAAAUAAAAAUUAUGAAUUUUUUAUUAAGAAGUAUAAAAAAUGUUUCCUACGAUAUAAAUUUCCAAUUAAAGAAAUUUAGUAUAUUUCCCAGUCGAAGAUUAAAAGAGAUUCAGGAAGUUCAAAAUGGGAAAGAAGUAGUUAUAUCUGCUCGUUAUAUACCAUCAGGCAGAGAACAGUAUCUACUGAAAAAUCAACAUCCAAGUGCAUGUGCCGUUUGUGCUUCAGGCUUGGACAUCAAGCACACUGAUGUAUUAAUUUUAAGUCAAUUUGUUCGAUCAGAUGGUUGUAUGUUGCCCAAACGGAUAACAGGACUAUGCUCACGAUCACAAAAACGUAUUGCCACUCUUGUAGCUAUGGCUCAAAAAUCCGGUUUAAUGCCAAAUUUGACUCCUUCCAAUUGCAACAAGGAUCCUAAGAAGAGAUACAAAUGGAAAAGUUGUAAUAAAUAUUUUGAUGAAAGUACUAUUAAAAUCAAGUAAACUUAUUGUACUUUAGUUGAAUAAAAACCAGUGCUGUUCAUAUAAAA